AUUUUUAAACCAAACAAAACUACGACUGAAUAUCAGAGGGAAUUGGCAUGAUAAAWGCAAAAUAUUUCACCUCAUUAUCAUAAAGACAGAGCAUUCACCAAUUUUAAUUGAAUUUUUUGUUUGCUCUGAUAAAACGUCAGCUGAGUGAGGUAACAAGACGCCUUGUCAAGGUUACGUCCUCUUCACAGAGAGCAUCAAGCUAUCAUGGCUUCAAUACGCUUCGAUUUGAAGCUUCUUGGGCUGGUUUUGUGGGUUAUUUUGGAGUGCACUCUUCGGAGUUUAAGCGAAAUAUAUGUUCCCUUACACUGGACGCAUUUAAACCCAUUAUUCAAGACAUCAAAAAGUUCAUCUAGCCCUUCAAUAUUACGACAAAAUGUUCUUCCAAAGUCACGACUAAAUAUUAUUUGUCCAAAUGCUGCUUUAAAUCCAGUUAAAAUGCACCAAAGUCCAGCCAAAGAUCAUUUGUAUGAAAACUUAUGGGUGGUCGAUAAGCAGAGCUUUGAUACUUGUAGGGUUAAUACGUCACUUAAAGCUAACAGAUUAUUAUUACAAUGUGAUACGCCGUUAAUAUUUAAACAUUAUCCACUGGUAUUCUUGGAGUUUAGUCCUGCUAAACAGUUUAUGGAGUUUCAAAAGGGAAAAGACUACUAUUUCAUCUCCACUUCAGAUGGAACAAAGAAUUCAUUAAAAAGUACCAAAGGUGGACAUUGUAAAACUGCAUCAAUGAAGUUUAUUAUACAUGUAUGCUUAAAUGAUCAAGAUCCAUUAUGUCAAGAUAAACCACCUACAACGACAGCACCACCAACAACACAACCAACAACAACAACAACAACUAAACCAACAACAAAGAGCACAAGAAUACCUACAACACAAGAACCCACUACCACAGUAUCUCCUACAACAACUCCCUUAACAGAACAAACAAUAAGAACAUUAAAACAAUAUGAAAUCACACCUGAAACAAUGCAGAACGCAGAUGUUACAAAACGGGAUCAACAAACAAAUGCUGGAACAGAAAAAACUGUUAACAAAUCUCCAGAUAUGGAGACAGCUAAAGGUGAACGAUCAGCCGCAGAUAUMGCAAGAGAUGCUACAUGGUUUAUAUUGAUGGCAGUAAUGGGUGCACUUUUAGUGGUUUCAAUUUCAUGUAAUCUUUAUACUAUAUGCAUUAGAAACAAAGCCCAAAGAAGAUCAGAGACAGUUGAUGACAAGCGUUCAUCCGCUGUGCACACACUACUCAGAGAUAACUCACGGGUCGACAAAGUAUAGUAGUAUAUAAAAGACACUACUGAACUGUGCCAGAAGGAUCACUCCACUUAGCAGCUGCAUUUGAUCGCAAUGUGCUUCUUGCAGAAUAUCAGUAUUAGUGCUGUCUUUGACAUCUAAAGGGAAGAAUCAACCAAUGAUUGAAAGAAAUGGCUGUAGGAAUUAUGAGUAUAUUGAACUCUUGGAUAGAAGAUAUAUAUAGACAUGUGGUCUCUUUGGAUGGGAAAAAGAGAAAUGGUUGAUCAUUGUUAUCAUAAUGGAGAUUGGAUUACUAAAUGUCUGGAAAGAAGGACAUCAAAAUUAAAAUAUGCAAGGAAAAUGUGUUAGACAAUGAAUAUAACAAAACAUUUUGAAUACAAAUGUGUCAAAUAUGCAAGACAACAAGCACAAGGUUAAAGACACUUGGAUAAUGUUUAGUCGAAACAAGACAGAGAAAAAUGUAUAAAAUGUGGARAGUUUCACAUAUGGAGGAAUAAGAUACAGUUACUGUAAUAUUCUACUGAAAGAGAAGCAAGAACCGUGUUUCAAAUUGGUAACAUUUGUAGUUAAUCUUCAUUGAAAUCAAGACGUGGAUUAUAGCAGCUAUUUGCUGUUUGACGGAUCAUUAGCAUAUAGUGAAUGUCUGGUUGAUAUUAUAUGCUUGUCUAUAGAGUAUAUAAAUUUAUGUCUUUCUGUAGAAAGGUAUUCAUUCUUAAAUCCAAAAUCAUCAUUUGGUGAAAACUAUAGAAACAUAUGACCAACACAUGUACAGUACAAUUCAAAACACUUUUUAAAAGACCUACUGCCCUAAAAAAUUAUUGUAUAAAUUUUCYAGUUUUUAUUCUGUAGUUUUAGACAGUAUAGGAUUAUUGAAAUUAUUUUAUAUUUCUUUCUUCAUAAAUAAUUGUGAUCUUCAAUAUAAUUACAGUAAAAUGCUACACUGUUUACGUGUGUGCAGUAUGUGAGCUCGCUUGCAUCAUCAUUGAUAAUAAGAUGAUUGCCUGGCUAAAUGGAGAUGUGGUCCGGUUUGUUCAAAGCCCGAUUAGCGUUAAUCCAGGUUCAACUCCAUAGGUUUUCUAAAAGUUAACUCAGGAUUAUUUCUAAUCGAGCUUUGAACAAGAAGAGGGUCCUUCAUCCAUCUGUUGAACAACUGCUAUUUAGAUUGCCAUGAAUCUUUUUCAAGCUCCAGAGAAAUGUAUCAUCCCUAUAUUGUUUAGUCUCAUUUAACAGCCGCGACUUCCAAAAUUAUUUUAGGGGGGGAAUUAUUUCAUGAAACUGCAAGCCGAGGCUGUUAGAAGAGACUACAUAUUGUUGGGAAAACUAUAUUGUAUAUUGAAUAUUGUUUGGGCACCUUGUUUGCUGUUUAGAGACAGUCAUUCAAGAUAUUGGAUAAUUUGUYGUUAGGGCGUGGUCAGUCCUUAGAAGGAUGGUCGCUUUAUAGAGGUAUAGUUAAAUAGAGUAGACAGACACAUAGUAUUUUAUAAAUAGGCAUACCCUUGCAUUAAAUAGAUAAUAAAUUCUUUAUAAAUAGAUUGUAUGUAAACAUUAGUAUAGUCAAUUGCAAUCCAUUCUGUAUUUUGUACAUCAAUUAUAAUAUUUAUAAAUAAACUUAUUUCUAAAAUUUA